CGCGGCGGCCGCGCAUGAGCGACAUCCGCCACUCGCUGCUGCGCGGGACGCGCUGAGCGCGCCAAGAGGUGCUGUACCACCUGACAUCUACUUCAGCAGCCAGCUGCAGAGCGCGCCGCUGCCGCUCGUGGACAAGGGCCCCGUGGAGCUGCUCGAGGAGUUCGUGUACCAGGUGCCCAAGGAGCGCGGCGCGCAGCCCAAGAGAUUGAAUUCACUUCAGGAGCUUCAACUUCUUGAAAUCAUGUGCAAUUAUUUCCAGGACCAAUCCAAGGACUCUGUCCGGCAGAUUAUUUUCUCGUCCCUUUUCAGCCCCCAAGGGAACAAAGCGGAUGACAGCCGGAUGAGCUUGUUGGGGAAACUGGUCUCCAUGGCAGUGGCUGUGUGUCGAAUCCCAGUGUUGGAGUGCGCGGCCUCCUGGCUCCAGCGGACGCCCGUGGUCUACUGCGUGCGGCUGGCCAGGGCCCUGGUGGAUGACUACUGCUGCUUGGUGCCCGGCUCCGUGCAGACGCUGAGGCAGAUCUUCAGCGCCAGCCCUCGCUUCUGCUGCCAGUUCAUCACCUCCGUCACCGCGCUUUACGACCUGUCGUCAGACGACCUCAUCCCGCCGCUGGACCUGCUUGAAAUGAUUGUCUCCUGGAUCUUCGAGGACUCGAGGUUGAUUCUCAUCACCUUUUUAAAUACUCCGAUUGCAGCCAACCUCCCAAUAGGGUUUUUAGAGCUCACCCCGCUCACUGGAUUGAUCCGCUGGUGUGUGAAGGCCCCUCUGGCUUAUAAAAGGAAGAAGAAGCCCUCCUUGUCCAAUGGCCACGUCGCCGCCAAAGCCGCCCCGGACUCGGCAGGGCUGGACAGGGACCCCCACCUCCUGUACUCCAAGCUGCACCUCAGCGUCCUGCAGGUGCUCAUGGUGCUGCAGGUGCACCUCACCGAGAAGAACCUCUACGGGCGCCUGGGGCUCAUCCUGUUCGACCACAUGGUCCCGCUGGUCGAAGAGAUCAACCGGCUGGCGGACGAGCUGAACCCCCUCAACGCCUCCCAGGAGAUCGAGCUCUCCCUGGACCGCCUCGCCCAGGCCUUGCAGGUGGCCAUGGCCUCCGGAGCCUUGCUGUGCACAAGAGAUGAUCUGAGGACCUUGUGCUCCAGGCUCCCCCACAACAACCUGCUGCAGCUGGUGAUCUCGGGGCCCGUGCCACAGUCGCCCCACGCGGCCCUCCCCCCAGGGUUCUAUCCUCACAUCCACACGCCACCGCUGGGCUACGGGGCCGUGCCUGCCCACCCCGCCGCCCACCCCGCCCUGCCCACGCACCCCGGGCACACCUUCCUCUCGGGCAUGGGGUUUCCAUUCAGGCCCAUCCGCUAGGCCGGCCCCACCAACGCCGAGCGGCACCGUGCCUUCCGCGCCUGGGCGGAGAGCCUUCCAGAGCGGGUGCGGCCCGCGAGGAGGACCUCAGAGGCGGCCAGCGGCCCCUGCUCACCAGCACUGUCCGGGGCAGGAGAUCUGUGACAUCGCAGCCCAGGCGCCUCCUACCUGGCUGCGUUGGUGAGAGUCCAGAUGGACAGAAGAAAGGAAAUGAAUGUGUCCAGCCCUCCACGGAGCCAUGCGGGCGUCUUUCAAAGAUGCCAUCCCGAGCGCCUGUUGUCUCAUGUGUCCGGGGACACGGGUGUGCGAAGCAGCGUUUGCACGUCCACUUGUCCGCUUCCUUCCUGUGAUUGGGGUGUGCUCCUGCCGUAGACACGGGCCACUCCAUCGCUCCGUGAGCUCCGGCCGAACCUGUGGUCUCCAGCUGACGCCGGCACCUGGCACCGUUCGCGGGAACCUGUGGCGGUUGCCUGUCACCAGUGAAGGGGCAUCUCUGUUCCAUUGGGGUCUAGUUUUCUUUCAUAUGUUCAAAUAAAUCUUUUCUAAACAGUU